CUGCUCGUUACAUUCCCCUUCGGUGCCCUCCUCCCGUCGUAGGCCCCCACCGUCGCACAGUGGUCCUACUCCAGAGCCGCCGAGGCUCUCCGUGCAGCUGCUUUGGCAUAGACCAACCACCUUUAGCUAGCAGCCUUGCGAAGAAAUACGGAACCCGUCCCAUGCUCUACCGCGAUGGCGCUCCGAAGGCCGCCGCCGGCGACUGUGGAUCCUCGCGUGCGCCAGCCGCCCCAGCUGCGGCGCGCAGUUUUGGGCCGCCGUUUGUCUUGCUCCCGCGUGGCGAGAGGGCCCGCCCUGUCGUGCUCGGGACAUCCGCUGGCCUCGCCCAGCGGUCCGUGAUCGCCAACGCGUCCUACGACAGCAGGGACGCUCUGCACCGUAGAUUUCCACAAUGCACCGACGUGCAUCCCGACUGGCUCAUGCAGGUGGACGCGACACAUGCAUGGGGAGUGGUGUGUUCGCGCACGCCUCUCAGUUCCACCGCCCGGACAUACGUCCCUGCAGGGGGAUUUGAUCGUACCAACCAGCAGCGGCACCGACAGCGACAGUGCAUUGACCGAGCACUGAAGCGCCAGCAGGCCAACGAGUCGGCCAGGGUGCAUGCGCUGGCUUUGCAAGGUGAGCUGGGCUUCGAUCCCGGGGCAGAAAGCGAGCGCCACAUCAGUAUGGUCAUGAAUGAGCAGGUGCCACCAGAAGAUCAUCCAUUUCCCUGCAGAGAUGGUUUCCUGCUUCCUCCGUCGACCGUUACAAGCAGCUGUGUACCGCAUACGCUGUACACGUACUUCUUUGAGGAAUCUCCCUGUGCUCGGCGCUGAGAGACCUUUUGAGGACCUUGGCGUGGCGGAGCCUUCGCGGUUUCGUGGCGGACUUCACAGCUUAAGUGAUGUAUCCAGGAUGAACAGUAAACGCUGUAGGACGUCAUAUAGCUGACUAGGGAGAAGGGGGUUGCGAAGUUCCCUGCAUGGACUCAGUGUACCGAGCCCUUCAUGCCAAUAUUUUUGUUUCUGUUGCUCCAAGGUUCCGCGAGUCACGGAAGGACUGGGAGAAAAAGGAGAGUUGGCGAGCAGCAGCGGAGAGGGGGAAUUCUGUGUACUCAUUUCGGUGCGAGCAGCGGGUCACGCACAUUUUUUUGGCUUGUCACGGGCAUCGUCGUGGGACGGUCCGCACCGUGGCUCGCCGUUUCUGUUCCAGGGUUAUGUUAUUGUGCAAUCAUUUGAUUUGUUCUGCUGCUGCGUC